UCCUUAGGCGACAUUCGGCGACUCCUGAUGACGUCACCGUAGUCGUCUAUUUGCGCUGCCUGAGCCCUCGUCGCCAUCAUCAUCAUGUCCUUGGCGCCGGCGCUGCUGCUGCUGAGGGCCGGCCGGGGAGGCUCCGGCUCCGUCGCCCUGAGGGCGGCCAGGUUCCAUGCCAGUUCCCGCUGUGCCCUUCGCUAUGGCUGGCUGGCCUUCAUGCUGGGCGAGAGGACGACUAAAAGGUUCGGCGAAUACAGCAAGGUCUUCACUGUGGACGGCAACCUGCGAUCCGGCAAAGGCAAACUGGCUCAGCAAAUAGCAGAGAAACUGGGUAUGCGGUACUUCCCAGAAGCAGAUAUUCACUAUUUGGACAAAGUUACUGGAGAUGGAGCGAUACUGGAUCCCAAAUUCAGUGGCAGUUGUAGCCUAGAGACAUUUUACAACGAUCCCAAACAUCCAGAUGGAAACUCUUACCGGCUUCAGGCCUGGCUCUACAGCUGCCGCCUCUUGCAGUAUUCGGAUGCCCUGGAACACCUCCUGGCUACAGGGCAAGGAGUAGUCCUGGAACGCUCUCCCUACAGCGACUUUGUGUUCCUGGAUGCAAUGUUUAAGCAAGGCUACAUUCACAAAAGGUGUUUAGAGCAUUACAACCUCAUCAAGGGCCUCAGUAUUUGUGAAGUUUUGCCUCCUCACCUGGCCAUUUAUAUUGACGUUCCCGUCUCAGACGUACAGAAGAGGAUUGAAGAGAGAGGCACGCCAUAUGAAAAGAAGGUAUCAUCCGCUUAUCUUCAGAGUGUUGAAGAUGCCUAUAAGAAAUUCUUCCUGCCAGAAAUCAGUGAGACCAGUGAAGUCCUGCAAUAUACAUCCAGUGAAGCUGAACAUGUGGAGAAGGUCCUUGAAGACAUUGAGUACCUGAAGUUUGACAAGGGCCCUUGGCUUGAGCAAGAUGACGUUACCUUUCAUCACUUGAGAGUUCUUGUUGAGGACAAGCUGACUGUGAUGGCUCCCACAGCAGUCCCCCACUACAUCCCCGAAAUCACGAUCGGUGGCCUCGAAGUUGACAAAAGAUACUAUCAAUACAAGUCGCUUCCUGGACGUAAAUACGAUCCUGGUUACAACGCUGACAUUGGAGACAAGUGGAUCUGGCUGAAGUAAGUCUCCCCAUUUCAAGCUUCAGCCAGAAGCUGACUGCAAAACGAUGAUAAUGAUGUUCCUCUUAACCAGACAGCCCCCUUUGGAUGCUGACAAGAGCCCUGGGAACGCUGACAGUGGAACUGCCUUGUGGCAGGAAAUAAUAGCUCCUUUCAUUCAGGUUUUUCCCCUGAACUGAGCUCCAUUAGAAAGACAGAAAUGCUUAACAUUGCAGGCUGGCUCCCUGAUUAAAAUAGGAUCUCAUUGUCAAAACCCCAGCUUCCUAUACUCCAGCCCUUGAGUGGGUUUGAAGUAAAUAAAAGUCUUUGUUCAAGCUGC